GGGUUCAUUUGCAAUCGAUCAAGUGCAACCCGUCUAAAGUUAGUAAUGCUAAGAUUGACCAUGAACUUUGAAUAUCGCAGAAUAAUAUCACGUGCGUCACAAACGUGGACGCACAUUACACUCAGAGAUACAUAGAAAUUCGUUUCUGCCGGACUGCUCUUCUUCUGUAACGAUUCAAUAUCGUGGUUAAUAUCCCACGUUAAUUUGUAUACAUUAUCGUGACAAAUAAUGGCAAUUAACGCUGCCAGAGCAGUUCUAAAGCAGGGUAAAAGUGUUCUGAUGAUAUGUGAUGUACAAGAAAGAUUCGCCAAGGCGAUGUACGAAUUUGAUAAAAUCACACAGAAUUCGGCGAAAUUGAUAAACUCGCUAAAACUUUUGGAUGUACCCAUGAUCGUCUCUGAGCAAAAUCCAAAGGCUUUAGGAAAAACAAUUCCAAAUUUUGAUAUCUCUGGUGCCAAGGGACCAUUUGAAAAGACUCAAUUUAGCAUGUGUACACCUGAAAUAAACAAAGAACUGUCUACAAUUUGUUCUGGUCAGAAACCAGAUUCGAUCAUCCUUAUUGGCAUUGAAGCCCAUGUAUGCAUAGAGAAUACAGCAAUUGACUUAAGACAAAGCGGGUAUGAAGUACAUACUGUUGCAGAUUGCUGUACCUCUCGUACUCAAGAAGACAGAAUACUGGCAUUAGAGAGGAUGAGAGAGAUGGGAUGUCACAUAACUACUUCAGAAAACGUUAUUUUUAAACUCUUAGGAGAUGCAAAACACAAAGAGUUUAAAAAUGUACAAAGCUUGGUGAAAACACCAACACAAUACACAGGCCUUGUUCCUACUGCAAAAAUGUAAAUUGCAAUAGAUAACAACUGUAUUGUGCCAGAUCAUUAGAAAAGAAUAUUUUUAUACAAAGUAUAUAAUGGCUAUUAUCGCUGAAUGAUCAAUCAUCAUCAUCAUUUUGUUAUUCUUUUAUUAGAAUAAUAAUACCUUGUAGGUGAAGAUACAAAAAUAUAAAAAUAUAGUGAACAUAUAACUAAAU